UUUUCUUGUACCUCUGGAAAAUGUCGGGCGGAUGGAUAAUUAAUGGAGUUGGACAACUGGAGAGUUUAGAGAAUCCGUCUUUCACUGAGCUACAUAGUUAUGACUCGUCCGCGGGCGCAUAUUAGUGACGUCGGUCUGCAGCGGUGAAACUGCGAUGUUCAGGAGGUGGACGACAGACAAGCGCAUCUUAGAUACUUCGUCUGCAUGAAGAAGACAUAAACAAACCAGUUCAAAGUAUGACUUUAAAUAACGAGGUUGCAAUAGAAAAAGAAAGAAGGAAUAUAACAGGCAAACCAAGGGACUGUCACAGAGAGAACAAAACUGCCUCUACUAAAUGAGCUUCGUAAGGAAGCACUGGCGCUCUUUCCUUUGCAUUUAGAGAAUUCAACCAGCACUUUUCAUGGCGGCCACUUAAAUACUUCGCGGUCACUCAGUUAGGAACCGUCCUCACCUAAAAAAGACGAUCAUAAAACUGAUUUACGGCAGCUGUCGUAAAAAUGAUGGGUGGUCCCAGAAAACCUGCCUCCGCCCACUCAGCUUCUUAAGGGGUGUUGAACCAGAGCUGCUCUCCAGACACACGCGUUGCUGCUGCGGUGCCAUGGAGGGGAUCCCGGCUUUGCUGACAUAUGUUGAAUUGGCCUUUCGAUAGAAUCGCUGCACAAUGGAGGUCGAUUUGAGUUGGUUGAAGACGUCUACUAAUGGUGAACGUCUUAACAUACUAUGCUGGUGUCUUGCAAGCUGAGAGCAUCCAUGAAGUAACUUGAAGCAAAUGAGGUGUGCCUACUUUAAUGGUUUGAGCUGAAGAUUUCACCAAUGAUGGGUCAUUGGAGCAGGUGGUCCUCCAUCUUUGGCUCAUGUCUCCAUUUACUUGGCAUCACUUGAUGGAAUAAUAUGACUUUCAGUCUAAAAGGCCAAGUGAAGGUUGAAGACGUCUACUAAUGGUGAACGUCUUAACAUACUAUGCUGGUGUCUUGCAAGCUGAGAGCAUCCAUGAAGUAACUUGAAGCAAAUGGGGUGUGCCUACUUUAAUGGUUUGAGCUGAAGAUUUCACCAAUGAUGGGUCAUUGGCGCAGGUGGUCCUCCAUCUUUGGCUCAUGUCUCCAUUUACUUGGCAUCACUUGAUGGAAGAAUGACUGAGUCUAAAAGGCCAAGUGAAGACGUGUAAAACAUUCCUGCUGGAAAAUUCCAUCCCUGUGUUGGUGAAAGCCAGAUUGAGAAAAUCAAGAGGACAAGAUGUCACACAAGCACGGUUGUGAUCGUUGACUUUGGAGGACAGUUUAAAUGAACAAGGUCAGUUGAGGUAAGAAUACAAAUUCAGUGAUGUCUUAACAAAUGUCUGACCUGAAAUUUAAUGUGGAUUAUUUCUGUGACUGAGUAAUCCUCGAUGUUAACCUUAAUUAACUAGUCAUUGAUUUUUAAUAAGGUUUGUUCGUGCCAUUCUCCAGGAAACGGCUGGAUCUGUCAAAUUGAGCAUAGACUAGGGCUCCUAUUGGUCAGAGGUAGUUUCUGAUAUAUAUUCUAUGGAUGCCUUAAACUCACCACUCUACCUGUGAUGACAAGAUUCUGCCAAAUGAUAUCUCAUGAUUAUACCCCUACCGUUCCAUUUUCUUCUGAGGAGUGUGGUCUGUAAACAUGUCUCGUGGUUUAUUCACUACUUUAUUUGAAGUAAAAAUAUGUUUCUCCUUCCAGAAGCCAUGAAGUCCUUGCUGAGGCCCAGUGGAUAUCAAGAACAUGUAUAUUUUGAUAUAAAAUGUGUGGAAAUAAAUGGUCAAAAGAAAUACUGCUUGUGUUCUGAUUUUUAAAGUGUAAUCUGCAUUAAAAGGGAGCCAAUUUAGUCCCGUAAAUAAACCGGUAAGGAAGUGACGUUUUGCUGUAAAGGAAAUUAUUCUGUUCAGUCUUUGCACGUCUACUUGUGAGUUUCCAUAAACUGUCUAUUAUCUCAGACUGUUACCUUUACGGGAAUUCCAGAGCACUAAACAUACAACGGCGAUAUUUUUUUUGUUCUGCCCAUGUGUUUCCAAGGAGGCUGUCUAUCUGAGAGCCUGUAUCAUAAAUCUGACAUGCAGUUCGACUGAUAUGCUCAGGAGGCAGAAAGUAGGGCUUUCCCGGAAGCCGGACGGAGCCAGGUGUACGCAUGCGCUGUACAAAGCUGGGGGAAAGCCGCCCCUCCUUCGCUGCCAUGGGGGAAGAGGGAUACUUUCUCAUCUCUGCGUGCCGCCAAUAAACGGCCGCGUUGGAAUAAACCGGAGGGUACGGCAGAGCGGUGCUCAGUCUAGUUUCGGCCGCCUCGGACCACCCUCUUCACCGAUGUUUGUGCGGUGGUUGCUUGUGUUCCUGGCUCUGUCCGCAGAGGCCGAGUUCUUCCAGUUCGACAGCAUUUCCAAUAUGUCUACUUACUGUUUUAAUUACAUUUAUUGCAAUGUAUGGGAGGGGGACUGUCAGCCCAACCAAGACGAUGCUACACAUCAAGUUCCUACCAGGGACCUUUGGGCAAGUCUUUCUCAGGAAUACAGCAGCGUGCUGCAUCAGUGGUACUGUAGCCUGGGCCAGUGCUGUGACUCAGGAGACUGCAGGAUAACCAACAACAUCACAGGUCUGGCCAAGGACCUUCAGAUGAAGCUCCACGGGCAGCACCUGGCUCAGUCUGUGGUUCUGAAAGCCAUCCAGGGUUUUAUCAACAACCCGGAGUCCAACAAGCCGCUGACCUUGUCCUUGCAUGGCUGGUCCGGCACCGGCAAGAACUUUGUGGCCCGGAUCAUCGCCGAUAACCUGUACCGUGACGGGGUGAAGAGCGAGUGUGUCCGUCUGUUCAUCGCCCCGUUCCACUUUCCACAUGCCAGACUGGUGGACACAUACAAGGGCCAGUUGAGAGAGGCGAUCCGGGACAUGGUGUUGCGCUGCCCUCAGACUCUCUUCAUCUUUGACGAGGCUGACAAGCUUCACCCCGGCCUCAUUGAUGCCAUCAAACCCUACAUGGAUCACUAUGACAACGUGGAUGGAGUCAGCUACCGCAGAGCCAUCUUCCUCUUCCUCAGUAAUAUUGGUGGAGCGAUGAUCAAUGAUGUAGCGCUGGACUUCUGGCACUCCGGUCAAAAUCGAGAGGACAUUGGUAUGGAAGACCUGGAGCAUCGUCUACGAGCUGAAACUAUGGCGUCCCAUGGUGGGUUCGCUCAGAGUGAGCUGAUGUCUGGCCACUUGAUCGACUUCUUUGUGCCAUUCCUGCCUCUGGAGUACCGCCAUGUCAAGCUCUGUGCACGGGACGCCUUCGCAGCACGAGGCCUGGAGACGGAUGAAGCUACGCUGGAUGAGGUGGCGAAGGCGAUGCUCUAUGUCCCCAAAGAGGAGAGACUGUUCUCAGCCCAGGGAUGCAAGUCCAUCCCCCAGCGGAUCAACUUCUUUCUACCUUAGAAGGAGAGAGACAGACAGAGAGACCUGGCGGACGUGUGAGAUUGCUUGACCAGCCCAUCGACGUACAGAGUCACAGCGGAGACGUGUCCUCUCUGCUCUCGGCGCUCUCCCCCGAAAGAUACAAGACGUGUCUGUCCAGGUCCCUCAGAGAAGGCCAGACAGCAGGACGAGUGUAAAAGGGGACAGCAGCUCGACUCAUCCUGAAGACAUGAGUAGUGCCGGACGGUCAUCAUGUGACGUUUGAUCAUCACAGUAUCAAGACGGAGAAUUAGACAGUGGUAAUGGUUUGGUGUUGUUUGUCAUGGAGAGUUACUGAAACACUUUUUGUCUCGCUAUUUAUGUCUGUUCACCAAAAGAAAAUCUUAGUUUCACUGUUUUUACAAGUUUACAUCAUCUGUUGGUUUUUGCCUGGAAGACAUAGUGCUAAAAUUAGUACUGAUUAUUUAUUGUCAUAGUUCGACAUAUUACUGUCCCAGAUUUUUUUUUUUUGGGAGUUGUUUAUCUACAAAUGUUUGUGGAACAUGAUAUAAGUGAAUAUUAAAUGGCACUGUAGUGUGGAUGUGUAACAGCUAUCGUAAAUGGUACUGUGAUGCAAAUGUUACCUGAGAUUGUUAUUGAAAUUUGGUGAAAGUUCUUUUCUUUUUGUAAGAGUCAGUUAACAUUGUUUUACAUAUCUUGGUAUUGUCGUCAUCACAUAAUCUGCUGCGUUUAAUUUUUGGGCAUUGUUAACAAAUAUAUUUUAUUCACUGACUUGCUUUAAUGUGUUCACUCAUGCUUUCACAUACUCUCACAGGUUUGAGGUUGUCCACUUUAGUGCUUUCAGUGCCAAAGUAAAGGGUCACGUCAGAAGAAGAACAUGAAAAGAAAUGUCAGAAAUGGUUUUAUGAAAAUAAACAUCUACAGUGAACAAACAA